AUGAAUGUUACAUUACAGGAAGAAUGGUUAACAGAAGUAAUGAUGUAUCUUCAUUCUUUAGAAUUUAACAAUGAAUCGUUAUUGUCAGCUGUUUAUGAGCAAUGGCUUUAUACUGACCUCAAAAUAUCCACAAAACCACUGUUGUCUUUAUCUGUUGGCAGUUGUUCGACACCAACAAUGCUUGGAGGUAGUACUGUUAUACAGGUGAACUCAAUUGUUGAUAUUAGCUCGUCAAUGUAUUCGCAGUACAGGAAUUUAACGAAUAAAUUUGAGGACAAUUCUGGUUUCCAGCUAAAAAUGGGAGAAAGUGAAACGAACUCCGAUUUAUUUGUGAUUUUUCUUCAAACAUAUUACCAAAAUACGAAGCGUAUGCUUUUAAUGGAAGUAACAGACGGCCAACUGUCAAUGAAGGCUGUGGAAUAUGGUCCGUUAAGCGCUCUUUCUCUACUAACAUGUCCAGGAUAUAAGAUUCUGCUGACAAACAGUGUGUGCCUCCGACGCGGUAUUUUAUUGCUUACCGAAUUGAACUGUAUAGCAUUGGGUGGUGACGACGAUUUGCUUGUGAAAACUGGUCGUCCAGUUGAAAUAAUGAUGAAGCGUUUGAAUAUUGAUACCUCACUGCAGAGACAAAGCUCCGCAUUUUUAGGCAAGACAGAAAAAGAAAUUAAUCAGUCAGUGCUUCUCAACAAUUCAUUUUCAUUCAAAAAAUCUGUAGCUAAUAACAACAUUCAAAAGACUAACAGUAUUGUUCUUUCGCAGAAUAUGAAGCCUAUAAUGCAAGUGAAGCCACUUUCGGGUAAAAAAUUGCCUUCAGAAACUCCAAAGCGAAAAGUAAUAGCUACAAGUAAAACUUCACGGAUUGAACAGGCAGUGAAAAAUAUCAGACAGCAAAUGAACGUUUCAUUGAAUGAAAAUCCGAGUAAUUCGGGAAGUAGAACGCCAGUCGCUGCUCCAGCAACGAAGCAUUCAGAGGAUUUUUCAACACAUGCUGCACAUGCUAAACGCAUGAAAAUAGAAGAGAUUGACAGUGAAGCUGAUAUCAUUUUGCUUGAAACUCCAACACCGAUAAAGGAGGAAGUAAGCGAAGAAAGUAAUCGGAAAAAGACUAACCUACCUGCGACACCUGAAAUGAUUGAUAAUGAUCCAAUUAUUGCUGCUUACAAAAGACUCGGAGUUGAAUCGAUUGCAGCAGCAUUACAAGCAAUGCGGUAUGCUGUUGGACCGAAGCGUAAAAUAUUGGAUGCUGUAAUGGAAACAAAACCAUUGGAACCGCUACAUGUGAACAAUGAUGGAUUAUGGGCACUAACUGUGGCGCUAAGCGACGGAAGUUACGAAUGCUUAACGUGCCUCGUAUCGCAUAAAUUUCUUACAGAACUGAUUGGUUGGACUCCGGAUGAAGCACUUGAUGCCCGCGCAAGUAAAGAUCCAGCACGGCGAAAGGAAGGCACGCUAAGAAUGAAAAGUGCUGGGCAGUCAAUGCGUAGAUUAGAUUUAAUCUGGGAAGUUGAAUUCUUUCCACCCGGUGGAUCCACUCCUAUAAUUCACAGAGUUGAUACAUAUGCUCAAAAAUUUGGUCUGAUUCGAUAA